AUGAAGAAGUCUGGAAGGCUUGACUCCAUCAACAUCGUCCGCCUGCUGCUCGUCGUCGCGAUCAUCUGCGCCGUGAACAUUGGGGUAGUCCAGGGAGGCAGAAGGUUUUGGCGGCGGCCUCCAUCUCCACAAGGGCGCCCGGCCGCCCACGGGGUUUGCCCGAGAUGUGGUGAAUACGUUUCCACCACCGCCUCUACCGCUGUCGACGAAAGGAAGAACUCUGCCUCCACUACACCAUUCCCCGACCUACGCCACUAG